CGCGGGCUGGAGCUCGCUGGUCGCACCCGGCCCGGGCCUUCCUCUCUCCCUAUCCCGCGGACUGGACCGCCGGUACUGGGAAUUGAAUCCAAGGGCUUCACACUGAACUGCAUCCCCCACCCUCUUUGUUUCAAACACAGGAUCUUGAUAACUUGUUGAGUUGCCCACACUGGGCUUGAACUUGCGAUCUUACCUCAGAAUUCAGUGUGCCACCAUUCCUGGCAAUUAAAAAAAAAAAAUACAAGCAGAGGUGACACUGCCUCCAGGAAAAUGUAGUAAUUAGACACCUCAACACUGUAAUCAAAUUGUAGCAAGGAAAAGGCUCAUGUCUGAAAGUAGAGGAAGGAUCACUGGGGAAAGUGAGUAAUAUACUUAAGUGAAGAAUCUCUUGUUUGUUCUAGCAGCAAUGUCAGCUUAUGUAUAGGAAUUGCUUCAAGUCAGAGUCAUGGUGGAUGUAGGAAAGUGGCCAAUCUUUACUCUGCUUUCACCUCAAGAAAUUGCUUCUAUUCGGAAAGCAUGUGUCUUCGGUACCUCAGGCAAUGAAGCACUUUACGUCACUGACAAUGAUGAGGUCUUUGUGUUUGGACUGAAUUAUAGUAAUUGCCUAGGAACUGGAGAUAAUCGGAGUACACUUGUACCCAAGAAGCUAGAAGCCUUAUGUGGAAAGAAGAUUAAAAGCCUUAGUUAUGGGAGUGGUCCCCAUGUUCUUCUCAGCACCGAAGAAGGAGUUGUCUAUGCCUGGGGCCACAAUGGAUACAGCCAGCUGGGAAAUGGAACGACCAACCAAGGCAUUGCCCCAAUCCAAGUCUGUACAAAUCUCUUGAUCAAGCAGGUUGUUGAAGUAGCAUGUGGCUCACAUCAUUCAAUGGCCCUGGCAGCUGAUGGAGAGGUAUUUGCUUGGGGUUAUAACAACUGUGGCCAGGUGGGAUCAGGAUCUACAGCAAAUCAACCAACUCCUCGAAAGGUUACCAACUGUUUACAUAUUAAGAGGGUGGUUGGCAUUGCCUGCGGUCAGACCUCAUCCAUGGCUGUUCUGGACAAUGGUGAGGUCUAUGGCUGGGGCUACAAUGGCAAUGGCCAGCUGGGUUUGGGAAACAAUGGUAACCAGCUAACCCCUGUGAGAGUGGCAGCUUUGCACAGCGUGUGUGUGAAUCAGAUUGUCUGCGGCUAUGCACAUACUCUAGCACUAACCGAUGAGGGCUUGCUCUAUGCCUGGGGAGCUAACACAUAUGGGCAGCUGGGAACUGGCAAUAAAAAUAACCUGCUAAGCCCAGCACACAUCAUGGUGGAGAAAGAAAGGGUGGUAGAAAUCGCAGCCUGUCACUCCACCCACACGUCCGCUGCCAAGACCCAGGGUGGGCACGUGUACAUGUGGGGCCAGUGCCGGGGCCAGUCGGUGAUCCUCCCUCACCUCACCCACUUCUCCUGCACCGAUGACGUGUUUGCCUGCUUUGCCACUCCUGCUGUCUCGUGGCGUCUUUUGUCUGUAGAGCAUGAAGACUUUUUAACAGUUGCAGAGUCACUGAAGAAAGAAUUUGAUAGUCCCGAAACUGCUGAUCUGAAGUUUCGAAUUGAUGGGAAAUACAUUCAUGUCCAUAAAGCUGUUUUGAAAAUCAGGUGUGAACACUUUCGAUCCAUGUUCCAGUCUUACUGGAAUGAGGACAUGAAAGAGGUGAUAGAAAUAGACCAGUUUUCUUACCCUGUGUAUCGUGCCUUUCUCCAGUACCUCUAUACAGACACAGUGGAUCUGCCACCUGAAGAUGCUAUAGGUCUUUUGGAUUUGGCGACAUCUUACUGUGAAAACAGACUGAAAAAACUUUGUCAGCACGUUAUCAAGCGCGGAAUUACUGUGGAGAAUGCAUUUUCAUUAUUCUCUGCUGCAGUCAGAUAUGAUGCAGAGGAUUUAGAAGAAUUCUGCUUUAAGUUUUGCAUCAAUCAUUUGACAGAAGUUACACAGACUGCAGCAUUUUGGCAAAUGGAUGGCCCUCUGCUGAAGGAGUUCAUUGCUAAAGCCAGUAAAUGUGGAGCCUUUAAGAACUGAAGCUGCUGGGGUGUGAGUGUGUGCUCUGGGCACUGUUGGGGAUGUGUCCAGCUUGUGUAUAGGCAAUGUGAUUCUGCAGGUAAAACCCAUCUGGUGUUUUCACCUUGUCUGACAUGGUUCUCCAUAGGAAUUUAUGAAGGAUGUAUGGCUUUUCCUGAGCCCAUUUUAAAUGGAUGUUUCCAGAUACAUACAUUUUUUUGGGAGGCAGGUACUGGGGAUUGAACUUGGGACCUUGCACUUUGUGAGGCAAGUGGCAGAACUACUGAGCUAAAUCCCUGGCCAAGAUACAUAUACUUUAAAUGUAAUCUUUCUUAUAUUUGAGCUGGGACAAUGAGAAAGGUAUGAAAAUUUGGCUGCUUUUUUGGGUUAGAGGCACUGUGGAAUUCAGAAACAGGAAGCUGGUGACAGCUCUGCUGGGUUAUGUAUCACAUCCCUUUGAUACCAGGAUUGAGUUUGUGAAUUGUGAGGUGACCAUAGAGGCCCCACCAUGAGUUAUUGAUGCUGACGCCGGGGCUUGGUGAAGUGUUCCAUCAGUUGCCAUCUCGUAACUUUCUGUGAGGGAGAAGUUAGAAGCAUUUGAUGCUUUUGUUCAUGUGCUUUUGCUAUUGAUGACUUUUUAAGAGAUGUAUCAAAAUAAUAUCCCCUUUAACAUGAGUUAAACCUGAAAUAAGUAAUCAUUUCUAUGCCAAGAUUUCUGAAGAUUUAAGUAAUCAACAAUAGUAAUUUAUAACUGUCCGAAAAGUUGAUAAUGAAGGAAACUUUGGAUACAGGUCAAUGUUUUAUAAUUA